AUGCAUGAACACGUGGCCACAGUUGGACGUACGACUUUUCGCUGGCUUGGCGAAGAAACUCCUCGGGAAGGAAGAUUGGGCUCUCGUCCGGUCCUCGCAGCGGCUUUGCACGGCGUGGCGAAUUUCCACCAUUCUUGGGGCUACGGGGAAGCUUGUUCGUGGCAGUGCCAGCUGGUGUGGGAUUACUCCAUGCACCCGGCGCGCCCGGCAAGGAUCAUUGCCAUUUGCGCUCAAGAAGAGCGGCCCUUCCUGGUUCGUCAUUUGGACACUGCACCUGGCUCCAUUAACUUUGCGGUUAACGACGUGGUGAGCGUGAACGGACGCCCUGGCGUUGUGACUUGGGACGGGCGGCCGGAGCACCAGUUUGCCAAAGUCAGGUUUGAAGACGGGAAGGAAAGCGACGUCCUGCCAGUCUGCAGCCUACAGCCCAACAAGCCGCCAGUGGAAGACGAGGUCUUUGUGUCGGACUUUGAUCUCGAGUCGCUUGAACUCAGCCACCUUCUGCGGCCAGGAAUCGCUGGCCCCACUCCCAGCUCCGCCAAGCCCACUCCCGGAACACUUGAGGUUCCAGCGGGCAUCGGAUUGAACACUUCGGAAGCGAAGGCUGCUUCACAGGGCCUCCGAGCGGGACAGGUGUGCUGGAGUUUCGGCGGCAGCCGCCUGCCCUGGCCCGUGCAGCUUCUGCAGGAGUGGCCAGAGACCCGGACAUGGAAGGUGCGUUUUCUGGGGGCAGAGUGGAGAGAGGAGAGCCUUUCGGUGGCGUGCCUGCGGCCGUACGUGGAAGCAGACUCUGCCGUUUUAGCAGGCGUAUUAAAGACUGCGGAGGAGGAGCAUGCCAAAUGCUGUGAAGCUGCCGCCGCGAAAGCAGCGGCCAGCAAAGAUGCGGCGACGGAGGCUGUGUAA